AUGCAGAAAGCUAAAGAAAACAUAGGAACUUCAAGGAAUGUGGCGAAUGAAAAUAUGAAGCUAAAUUUAGAGCUUUCAUUGAAUGGUGGAUCGCAAAGAUGUGUUGCUUCAAGUGUAGCUGAGGUUGAAACCCAACAACCACCUACUCAAGAGAAAAAUAAUAUUGCUACAGAGAAGUUCAGAAACUUCAUGCUCAACAAUAUGGCUAUUGUCUUCACAAAAGGUGAAGGACCAAAAAGAAAGAAGACUGAAGGACUUUUAUACUCAUUUAAGAAGAGAGAUGAAGUGAAGAUAGUUUGUCUUUGUCAUGGUAAUUUUCUAAAUGCAGAAGAAUUUGUCGAACAUGCUGGUGGAGGUGACGUAGAAGACCCUUUAGAACAUAUAAUUAUUGAAGGAAAACAGAUUAAGUAG